AUGUCUUCCCAUCGUAACCUCCGCGGCGCAGCUGCCGCUUCCCUUUUGGACUUUGACUCAAAUAUACCCUAUCAUACUUUCUUACGAAAUUUGAAAUUGUUACGUACUGGUCAAAUUAUUGUAGAUUUUGAAAUAAUAUUAGAAAAGAAUAGGGUUAUAUUUCAUGGUCCUCCAACCUCUAAUAAAUCACGGACGGUGAGGGGGAAAGUUAAGUUAGAAGUUGCUGGAAAGCUAAACGUGAAAGAGAUCAUGUUGACACUGACCGGUGACUUUAGAUUUUGCAAAUUAAAUAAUGUUUCAACUGUAAAUGAUGCCACUAUUCCACGUCAAGGAACUGUAUUUUCAACGUGCAUAUUACUGGCAAAUAAACGUACUCUUUAUCCAGGUCUUCAUGAAUUCUUUUUCGAAUUUCUCAUUCCUGGUGAUUUACCGGAAUCAAUUAGUUCUGAUCACGUGCUAUGCGAGUAUUUCUUGAGAGCCGAUCUUAUUCCACGCGAUACCGAUGAAUUAAAUUCUCUUAAUAAAGUCGUGGAUAUCGUAGAUAUCUUUGUGGAACGUGCUAUGCUAUUGAAUGAUGGUUAUAUCUCUGAUGGUCUUGAAUCUAUGAGAUAUAUUGUGCCAAAGAUCAUACGUCUUAACUCUGAUGCUCUUAGGUUCUGUGCUCGUUGGGAUGGUCUGCGUGUUGCCAACGUUACUUUUAGCUUUGUUCAAAGCGAAUAUUUGAAAUCUUCCCUUCCUGAAACUGAUUCUGAAACUGAUACUGAAGAUUCUAGUCCUCCAACUGUAAUUGAUUCUGCUUCAAGGUUUAUCUCUGGUCCUUUCCGCUUUGAUUUACCGCGAAAUGAACGUUUAAAAUUACAAUGUAGACCAAUGGUUUUUCAGCUUCCCAUAACUGAGCCUCUUGUACAUGAUUAUGUUUUAUUUGGCAUUGAGAUUCGUCAUCGUUUAGUUAUUUCCAUUCAGAUUGCAAAUCGACGUAAAGAUAUUAUUCGUUUCGAGGUCCCUAUCACUGUUGAAUCUAUAGUUCCAAAUUUGGAUUCUUUUCCGAGUCCUUGCAAUGUUUGUCAAACUCCUCAAUCUGCCUUACUUCAUUUUGCAAACAAGAUUUAUCAUGGUCAAAUGUUAGACUCUAAUAAGAAUCUCAAGGCUAAAAUUCCUAAAAAUCUUUCAAAUGAUUCAUUUGAUUCAAAGACACCACACGAUCAACUUCCUCCUCAAGUUAUUAAAAAUAACGAAGAAAUUGAUAAAGUACAGCGGAUCGUUCCUUCGGAAAAAACUGGUACCAGUGCAACUACGGCUACCUACAUCAAUUCUACUGAAAAUGCCCAACCUUUUCAUCAAAAAGCUUUACCAAAACCUGUAUUUGCUAGUGCUUCUUCAAAUAUUGUUGCUGAUAAACUUGCAAAAUUACAAUAUAUUUUGCAACAAAGACGAAGUCGUAGAAGAUCUAUGAGCGCUAAAAAUCCUGUCAAAAAAACUCGUUCUUCAUCGUCCGCGUCUACUGUUAAAUUUGAUAAGUCUGAAAUAUUUGAUAUUAUGGCUACGCGUUCUGCUAAUUGCCCUAAUAUUCCUCUGGAAACGACAACGCUGACGGCUUAA